AUGUCUUCGAUUCCCAAAACAAUGCAAGCCUGGCGCAAACACAACGGCAACCCAGAACCACAACUCGACACCAUCCCCGUCCCCUCCGUCCCCGAUGAUGGCUUCUUAGUCAAAAUCCUCGCCGCAGGCGUCUGCCAUUCCGACGUCACCAUCCUCGCAAACGACGAGACUCGGCUGCCCUACUACCGCGACCCUUUCACUAUCGGGCACGAGGGGUGCGGCGAAAUCGUCGCUAUCGGCUCGUCUGUCCCUUCUGGUCCGGAGGCUUCGCAGCUGAAGGUCGGGAAUCGCGUGGCCAUCAACCCCGUCGCUGGCUGCUCCGAUACGUCUUGUCCGGAGUGCGGCAAUGGGCUCCCGCAGCUCUGUCAGACUGAAGAGGGCACGCAUCACGGUCUUGGGCAGGACGGGUCGUUCGCAGAGUUCAUCGCUAUCCACCACCGCGCCGCGCUCAAAGUCCCGGAUGGCGUCAGCCCCGCCGCUGCUGCUGUGGCGACCGAUGCGGUGAUGACGAGCCACCACGCCAUCAUCUCGCGCGCGAAGAUUCGGAAGGAGCAGACGGUGUUUGUGUUCGGGUUAGGAGGAUUGGGUAUGAACGCCGUGCAGAUUCUGCUGGGGGUGGGAUGUCGUUUGUUCGUGACCGAUGUUAGGGAGGGGCCGAUUGAGGAGGCGGUGCGGUUGGGUGUGCCGAGGGAGAAUGUCGUGCCGGUGGGAAAGGGGGUGCAGGAGUGGGUGAGGGGAAAGGGGUGGGAGGGGAAGAUUGAUGUGGUGGUGGAUUUUGCUGGGGCGCAGCAGACGUUUUCGGAUGCUGAGGUGAUUGUACGUCGUGGCGGCACAAUCCUCAAUGUUGGACUGCUCGAGCACUCGCACAAGACGAGCCAUGUGAUGAAUCUUAUCAAAGCCAUCACCGUGCUCUACACCUUUGGCGGGCAUUCGGCGGACAUUGUUGCGGGCAUGAAGAUGAUCGCUGAUGGCACGUUGACGCCUCAAGUUGAGACGGCGCGGAUGAAGGAUUUCCCAAAGGUCCUCAACGACUUGCACGAGGGGAGGGUGAAGAGUCGGAUGGUGCUGAUUCCACAAGGCGUUGAAGCGAAAUUGUAG